AUGCCUGGCUGUUUUAAAAAGACUUUAUUUGCCUUGGCUUCUCUAGUAAGUUUUGUAUCUUUUAUCCUGAUUGUUGUUGCAAUGGGGACCCCAAAGUGGAUGACUGGGAAGAUCCUUUGCAAAACAGGAGCUGAAUUGGUCAAUGCCACGGAUCCAGAGCUGGUCAAGUUCAUUGGAGAAAUUUACUACGGACUUUUCCAGGGUGGCAAAAUUCGGCAGUGUGGGUUGGGCGGGCGCCGCUCCCAGUUCACAA